CAAUUAUCUUAAAUAUAUAGUCGUAGCUAGUCGUAUAAAUUUAUAGAAAAGGAUGACAAACACGGUAUUUGAUAGCGAACCGUUAACAUGUUCGGUGAUCUUUUGCAAAAUGACAGCGAUAUAUUUAUUAAACAGUUGGACAAAGAUUUUCAUAAAUCAGAAAAAGAUUUGGUGGAGUUUAUUGAGAUUAUGAGGAAAUGGAGUGAGACGCAAAAGCAUUUUCCUGAAAAACCAAGUGACGAUUUACUCCGUUUCGUAAUACUGUACAACAAAUUCAGCAUAGAAAAAGCCAAACAAAAGUUGGACAACUUCUAUACAAUAAGAAGCCUAAUGCCAGAGUUUUUCAAAACUCACCCUUUGAAUGAGGAUUGGAUUCUUCAAAGCAAAAUCUUCUAUAUAGUUCCUCUGCCUAAAGCCGCAGAUGAGAACAUAAGGAUAAUCUUCCAAAAAAUAAAUCCAGAUUAUAAAGAUGCAAAGUAUUAUAGUUUAGAAAAUAAUAUAGUUGUGUUUUUGCACGUAAUGCAAUACAUGGCUGAAAAUGACCUGUGCUAUCGUUUCCAUUACAUUGCCGAUUUUUCUGCAUUCACUCUUGGGCAUACUGCUAAAAUGAGUCCUUUAUGUAUAAAGAAAUCACAGAUAAUAUUAGAAAAAGUCUUUUCGAAUCGAAUAGCUUCACUACACAUGGUAAAUUUACCCUCCAUCAUAGAAUCAUUCAUAAAUAAUGUGCUCAAACCUUUGCUUCAUCCCAAAAUUCAGAAACGACUCCGAAUAUCUUCAAUAGAUAAUUUGUUUAAAAUAUUUGGUAAGGAACGCCUUCCCAAAGAUGUAGGGGGCGAAGAAAAAUCUUUAAGUGAACUAACCGAUAUGUUAACACAACAAUACAAAAAUCACGAAGUAAGGUUUUCUGAGCUGCAAAAUCUUACUGUGGAUGAAUCUCUGAGGCCAGCCAAACUUCAAAACGAUGACUUACUCGGAUAUUAUGGCAGUUUUAGGAAACUGGAUAUUGAUUAAAACUUCUGAUAUUAAAUGUAGAUUAUUGAUUAUUGCUUUAUUUACAAUAAAUAUUAUAGAUU